CGGAUGUCCUAAAGCGACCCUUUGACGCACGCACACACCAUUCUGUCAGUUGGUCUGUGGACUAGUUGGACCCUGCGACCCCCCCCCCCCGGAUCGUCUUGUGACCUCAUGCAAACAUAAACCGGGACCUCGUACCCAGGGAACGCACAAUGCAACGGAGAAUACCCUUCACUCAUAUGGCUUUUGCCACGGCGGUCGGAGUUUUUGGUGGGGUUUACAUCUACAGACCUUAUUUCGAGCCCCAGCAGAAGAGCUCAGCACAGCAAAAUCGGGACGGGCCACAGAAUCCGAGUCAGCUGGAGGAGAGCGGCUCUCCAGUCUCGGUGAAUCCUGGCGAGGCAGAAGUCGGCGGAGGAGCCGUGUCGGUGGCCAGAGGACUCUCACACACACAGAACAGAACAGACAUAAAGGCCAGUGCAGAUUAGAUGACGCUGCGAUUGCUGCUUGAUUAUUAUUCAGAAUAAAAUUUGAAUAAAUUGCCUUAUUUUAUUUAAUUAUCUUACCAAUGUCUGACUUUAAUCUCUAAUGAGACAUGGGACAAAAAACACAGGGCAGUUAUUUGCCGACAGCAACGUUUGGACAGAAUCAUUCGGGAAAAAAAGGUCGAUAACUGACAGCCGUUAAUCUUGUUAAGGGUUUGUUGUUUAUGGAAGCUGGAACUGUUUCUCCGAGGACAGACUCGGGCCUGUUCAGGUUGGUUUCAGACCGAAUUUAAUUUAUAAAGUUGGAUUAGGACCAUGUGAAUGUCCGUCUUGUCAAAAAGGAGAUUUUCACCCGUCACCGUGUCGGGUCAGGCUGUGUUCAACUCCAACUCCCAUCUGUAUAUUACUAUCCAUUCCUCCAUCCCCAAAAAGCAUCCGGACCGCUGAUACGAAGUAAGUCAUCAUGUGGACUGUGGAUUAAAAGCUGCUGUUUUGAA